AUGAUGAGGAACUCGCAGAUCCGAUGGAAGCAGGAACGCUCCAACAUGAUGGCCGGGGAGCUAGCAGAACCGGUGGGAGCGACGAAGCUAUUGGUCUUCAUGUGCUUGGACUGUCCUAGCCCAUGGGGCGAGAUGGAGAUGUCGAGGGCUCGGGUUCCACUGCACCACACUCCUCCCUUCACAGAUCGGGGCGUGAAUCGAGGCCACUACACCAGAUUUGGAGGCGGAGGAGCUCACCUCGUCUUGAUAAAGCGACAUUCUGCUCGUGCCGGCAUGGAGGCGACGCGAGGAGGAGAAGGCGAGGUGGAGAGAGGCAUGGAGGAGGCACGCCGUGGAGAGGGCAUGGAGGCACCGGCGGCGGCGGUAAAGAGGGAGAGAGUAAAGGGAGACCGAGAAACAGACGGGAGAGAUGCCACCUACCCAUAG